UGAGUUGUGAUUUUUUACAUGCGUUACUUGUAUUUUGGUACAAUGCCCUGAUUUUUAAUUAAAAUAGGGGGCAUAUAUUUCUUUUAUACAUCGAAUAAUAUACCUUAAUAUUUUUUAAAGCGCAAAAAUGGAAGAUGAAUUUCCAGCUUUUAUCGUUGGUGAACUCGUAUUUUAUGACAGUCUUGUGAUCAAUCGGAAGCGACAUUUAUUUGCUCUGGCGCGCAAUUUGAAAUUUUAUCAAUUCUGCCAAAAACAACUUGUUAACUCCAUUGAUUUAUCGGGAAGUUGUUUGAAGGAGGUUUAUCAACAUUUGAUUGCUUACAAGGGCCCCAACAGAAAAUGGUUUGAUUUUAACAACGCUCGAAAAAGAGAAUCCGUAUAUGCCCACGGCUCUAUAGAAAACUCAAACCUGCCAUCCACGGCAUCGGGAGACUGUACAUCUUUUUCUAAUGACAGAAUUACAUUUGGAAAGUAUGUUUACAGGAAUUUUGAUUUACAUACAAUAUAUUUAUUGAUACAUUGUUGGAAUAAGUUGUUGGUUAUUAAUUUGACCGACUUCACUUUGGCAACUGAGAUUGAUGGCGUUCAUAGUUUUCGUAUCAUUCAUGGAAAAAAGAAAUUUGAAGCUAAAAUGGAAAUAAAAUUUGAAAAUGGAAACUACAAUUGUACAGAUUUUCAGCACCAUGAAAAUUUUACAAACGUAAAUCAAAAUAUCAAUGACAAAAAUAGCCUAAAACAAUUGUUAGAACGGGUUCGCUGCGCUAAAGUUGAGCUGCAAGUUCAUAAGUCAACAACACAUAAAGAGUUUGACGGUUUACGUGAUCUGGAAACCUUUGGAUGCAACUAUGUCCGCAGUGAUCAACUUGAAGAAAAACCUUUGAUUUCUCGUUGUGGUGAUGUGUGGUUCAGAUUUGUUGCGAGUGAUACUAUUGUUAUCGGAGUUCCACUUGUAAAUAACUGUGCCGAAAAUUGUCUAACCACAAUCAAGAACUUGAAGCCAAUUUUGAAGAUGAACGAUGCAUUAUCCGAAAAUAUUAUCUACAACUACCGUAUGUAUCAGUUACAUAUGAAGUUUGAGGAUUUGGAAACGGCGGAAAUAUUCUUUCAAACUGAAGAGGAAGAAUUAAACAAUAUAAACUCAAUAUGGGAAAAGUGUGAGCUACCAAAAUUAGCGCCAUCAUCGUUUGCUGUACUUUUAGUUGCAAUACACACUUCUCGAUUACUUUUACUCGAGAAUUGCCCAUUACUAUUAUAUUAUGAGGUCGAGAAAGAACAUCCACAGCCUCAAAUAUAUCCUACAAAAACUGCAAUUUUCGAGCAACAUAUUUUAUUAACAAACUUCAAUGUGGGAAAUAUACUAAACAAUCGACAAAACUACAGCAAUGAUGAACAAAGAAUCAGUACUACACAUCGAAUUUGAAACUAAGUCAGAUGCUCUUUUACUUGAACAUUUAUUUACUAAGAAA